AUGUCCGGUGUAGGCCGCCUCAAGUUUAAGGGAGAGAAGUCGAAGAAGAAGAAGCGCUCUCACCGUGAGAAGCGUGACGAUGGCGAUGAGCUUGAUGCUCUGGCUAGGGAGGACCCAAGGGGAUGGAUGUUCCCUGCGAAGAGUGACGAGGUGACUGGCCCAACGCUUGUGCUGCUCCCGACUGAACCGCUGAGCUGUCUUGCUUGGGAUCCGACGCGAGAGCGAGUAUGCGCGGCACCGCUCGACCUGCCGGAAGCACCGGAGGGCUUCAACGAGCUGUCCCCCUCCGAGGUGCUCAGCUUCGUCGAGCCGUCCGACGUCAACCACGUCUGGGUUGUCUCUCGGCUGGCGGGAAGUAACGGCGUGUCUCUCCGAAGCGCGACGGGCGGUUUCCUAUCCGCACUGCCGAGCGGCAAGCUGGAUGUGUCUGCGAGUCGCGGACCUCUCGAAUCAUUCAUCACCGAAGUCAUCCCCUCUGACUCUGCUUUCCCCGGCUUCGCGCUCAAGUCCGAGCCAAGUGGCAAGUUCCUUCUCGCUGACAAGCCGGACAAGGAGACGGUGCUCGCUAAGAAGACGGAGAUCCGGUGCGACGGGGAUGAGCCACAGGGUGGCAUCCGGGUUAAAUGCCAGCGCGAGUUCGUGCUGAAGGUUCGCUUGCAACAGCUCGACGGCAAGGAUAGCAGCAAACGGCGACUUCUCGAACCUGACGGUCCAGAGGAGGGAAGUGUUGAGGAUGAGCUGAGGCGAAACUCCCAAUAUCAGGCUUGGGGUGGCGGCGUGCACAAGGUUUCUGACAAGGACCGACGCGAGCUGAAGCGCGCGAAGAAGGAUGGGCGUGUUGCCGAGGCUAUGCUGGAUCGGCGAUCCAAGAUGAAGAGGUAA